AUGGAGACAGACGACGAGCUACCGCCUCGGAGAGUCAACACGCCGCUAGGCCGGCUAGACGAUCAGCGCGCAGGCUUCUCGAUACAUACAGCUUCGUCAACCCUCCCUUCUAUGCAUACCACGUCCAGCGACGCCCCGCCCGAACCCCGCCCUCGUCGACCGUCGCCUAAAUCAGCCGGCUCUGCCAUCCUUCCUUCUAAAGCGCGAUCCGGGAGCUGGGGGUCUCUAGCAAACGGCGCAGACGCGAACGGGAACAGGACAAGGACCCCGUUGAAGAAGCUGGACGGCCUGGACGGGUUGUCGGUGUCGACUGCGACGCUUGAGGAGGAGGGACCGUUUGCGGAUCCGCUUCGGCGCAGCUCGUGGAGUGGUCAAAGCGGCUCUAGCUCCUUCCCGCCUUUGACGCCCGACAUUGACUACCGCCGGCGAGGCUCCGCCGUGUCCGCCUCAUCCGGCCUCUCGUACUCUCCUCACUCUCGCUACCCUCCUCCGCCGAGCAGCAACGGCAACUCUUUGAACCGGCACUCGGUCUCGUCGUUUGGCGGACACACGAUCGGGGAUGUUAGCAUCACCUCCUCCGCUCCGCUUCUGAAUCGGCAUGCGACGAGGGACGACCAGCACGGCUCGCGCGCUUCCAGUCCUACUCGCCCACCGAAUGCAAGACCAAGCUCGUCCGGGAACGGCGUCGCCUCCACCUCUCGCGCACGGUUAGACUCGAGCAGCGCCAGCCUGUACUCUUACUCCGAAACUUCGAGUCUACACUCGUACCCGCCCAAGCCACGACCUCGGACUGGCUCGAACAUGGCGGGAAGCGAGAACGGCGAGGCGGGUGGAGGAGGGCUUUUGAGCGGAAGCUGGAAGAAUUGGGCGAGGGAGAUUGAGGCGACUGGAGCGACUGGGCAGGUCCAGCGGAGAGGGAGCGGAGACUCUCGAGCGGAUGCCUGGCCGACAGUCGUGACCCAAUCGUACAUCCACCAGCCCGUCGCCCGCCCCGCCGCAGCCUACCAAUCCUCCCUCUCCUCCUACUCCUUCCCAGCGCCUUCACGUACACCAACACACCGCUCACCGCUCGUACCUGUCAACCCGCUCGCGCCGCUUCGGAAACGACUCGCUCGCUCGCUCGCCAGCACGAGCGGGACUCGUCGCCUUCACACGGAGGUGCAGCUUCUUCUGGAGCUCAUCGACGCGCUCGAGGCGCUGCUGGCCAGCUUCUCCUCUCCGUCAACGUCGUCAGGCGGAGACCGGUCCUCGGGCGACUCGAACGCUUCGAGCGGCGGUGCAGGCCUCGCGAAUGGCACGACCGCCGGGCUAUCGGCCUCAACGGCAGUCGGUACGGACGAUCCGCUCUCCUCGUCCACUCACUCAGCCUCUGUCCGCUCGACAAGCUCCACCACCUCCGCCCCUCCGCCCUCUCGCGCCACGCUGACCGACGAAGUCCGCCUUCUGAUCCGUGAGCUCGUCGAGCUCGUCCCCAACGCCCAAAAGUGCCUCGCAGGUGGUCGGUACGGCCCGCUCUCACAACCCGGGAUCUCGACUCGCGCUCUCCUGGCCACACUCGAGCGCUCGACGCGCUCUUCGCCCGAGACGGUCUCGUCGCCCGAGUGGUGGCCGCGCAAGUUGGCGAGGGAUUGUAGGACGUUGUUGGAGGAGGCGGGGUUGCCUACUGCGACGGCGGCGGGGAGCUGGGUUUUAGCGACGAGGCUGAGUGAGGAGUUGGGCGGAGAGGACGAGGGUGACGGCGUUGGAGGAUCGGGGAAGUACUUGUCGAGGAGCAGCAGGAGCGGGGACGAAGCGGCGGGAGGGAGCGGGAGCGUCUCGGAUGCGAGGAGGGAGGAGCUUCUCAAGCAGGGCCAGCAGCGGUGGGAGCAGUACCGCGCGCGGAGCCAGGUCCCUUAG